ACGUGGACACCGGGCGCCUUCAGGAUGAACUCUCAUUCCCUGUCCUGUCGUCUCCUUCUCUAGGAUGAAGAAAAAACGAAAGCGGUCGUCUUCCUCCUCCUCCUCCUCCUCCUCUUCCUCAGAGCGCCCCUCCUUGUCCCCCACCUCGACCACCUCCUCGCGCCGGAGGUCCAAAAAGAGGAGGCGCAAGCGGGGGGGCUCGGAGCGGGGGAGUCAGCGCCGCCGCAGGCGCUCCUCCAAGAGGAGUGAGGAGGAGGAGGAGGAGGAGGAGUACCCGGCGCCCCCCAACACCUCCGCCUCCUUCCUGUACCGGCAGGGCUUCCUGGGGUCGGGCGCUGGGCGGGGGGAGGGCGGUGAGGAGGGGGGGGAGGAGGAGGAGGAGGUGGUGGUUGACGACAGGAGGAUCUCUCAGCUCUACUCCUUGUCCGCAGCGUCGGAGGACGAAGGGUCGGAACCUCGGGGGGGCGACGGGGAGGGGAGGAGGGGGAGGAGCUUCAGCAGCCACGGUAAGGGGGGGAGGAGGCGGAGCAGGAGAGGGAGCAGCAGUGAGAGCAGCGCGGCGAGGGAGCAGGGGAAGGCCAGGAGGAGAAGUGGAGAGGGGAGGAGGAGGAGCAGAGGGAGGAGCCGUGAAGAGGGGAGGAGCAGUGAAGAGGGGAGGGGGAGGAGCCGUGAAGGGAGGAGCCGUGAAGAGGGGAGGAGCAGUGAAGAGGGGAGGGGGAGGAGCCGUGAAGAGGGGAGGAGCAGGGGGAGGAGCCGUGAAGAUGGGAGGAGGCGGAGCACAGACGAGGGCAGGAGGAGGCGGAAGGCGUCCCCCUCCUCCGUCGAGUCCCAGCGCUCGCGGAAAUCGACGGUGGCGGCCGAGCGGCCCCCGGCCUGUCGGAGGUCCAGCUCCGGCAGCCUGGGACAGCCGGCCCCGCCCCCCGCGGCCCCGCCCCCCGCGGCCCCGCGGAGGACCUCGCUGGACGGCGGCCGGUCCCAGAGCAGGCCAGGGAGGGGGGCGGAGCUCAGGGGAGGGGAGGGCCCCAGAGCUCCGCCCCCCUCCACCUCCACCUCCAGCAGUAACGGACAGGGGGGCGUGGCCAGACCCCCGCAGCCCGCAGGAGGGGGGGCCGGCAAGAAGGGGCUCCCUGCCAACCUGAUGGACAUCUUUAACAAGAUCGCCAAGUUUGAGAAGGAGAAAGGAGCCGGGCCAAGGAAGUAGGACCGCGUGAUGGCGCUCCAGGCCGCGGGGCGUCUUCAUGUGUCAGAGCGAGAAUUGGGUUGAAGAGAUGUGAUGGGAGCCGGAAAACCAGUUACCACGGUGACAUGGUGUUGACCCCUGGUCAAGAAUCCCUUUUUGUUGUUCCUUAUGUCGUAGUAAUCCGUUACGUUUAUUUUUUCCAUAAAAAUACAGGAUUUAUCGAACCUCCAAGGCCUUAUUGUCCAUUAUGCUUAUUGACAGAGAUGCUUUAUUGGUGUCAUGUGUUGCGUCUCUCCCUCUGCCCACCGUUACCGUCGGUUACGGGCGGAGAUACUCCCAGUGGGGUGUGGAGGUUGUGUUCUUAACACUGGUACCCAAAAUGCAGUGUGAUUUAGAUCCUUGGUUAUCUAUCGUUAAUAAAUGGUGUAAUGACA